CACCCGCGCACGAUGGGCCUCCUCGCCCUCGGAACCCCGCUCGCGUGGUCCGACGCCGCCAAACACGCCGACUACGUGCGCGAGCACGGCAUCGAGCAGCUGCUCCACAUCUGGGAGCGCCUCAAGGACCGCACCGGCGACAGGCUCCUCUGGGGCGACGAGGUCGAGUACCUCGUCAUUUCGUACGACGACGAGGGCAAGAACGCCCGCCUGUCGCUCCGCCAGACCGAGAUCCUCGAGGACCUCCAGGCCGACGCCCAGGAGCGGCGCGACAAGGGCAAGGCGGCCGCGAGCGACGCCGAGGCGGGCGCCGCCCCAGGAGGAGACUGCUCGAGCGUCGGCGGUGCCGAGGCCUGCAUCCCCGUCUUCCACCCCGAGUACGGCCGCUACAUGCUCGAGUCGACGCCCGGCGCGCCCUACGGCGCCACCCUGUCGGACCUCCUCCUCGUCGAGGGCAACAUGCGCUUCCGGCGACAGCUCGCCAAGUCGCGCAUGAAGCCGCACGAGGUGCCCCUCACCCUCACCGUCUUUCCCCGACUCGGCGCCGAGGGCGUCUUUACCGACCCGUACUUCAAGCCCGGCGGCGGCGUCGCGAGGAGCCUGUUCCUGCCCGACGAGAUCAUCAACCAGCACGUGCGCUUCCCGACCCUGACGGCCAACAUCCGCCGCCGACGAGGGUCCAAAGUCGCCAUCAACAUGCCCGUAUUCGUCGACGACAAGACGCCGAGGCCGUUCGUCGACCCGACCGUGCCGCGCGACCGCAACGACUGGCCCGAGGACAAGAACGCUCGCGACGGCGCCGCCCUCGACGACCACAUCUACAUGGACGCCAUGGGCUUUGGCAUGGGCUGCUGCUGCCUCCAGAUCACGUUCCAGGCGUGCUCGGUCGGCGAGGCGCGCCGCAUGUACGACGCGUUCGUGCCCGUCGGCCCCAUCAUGCUCGCCCUGAGCGCCGCAGCGCCCAUCUUUCGCGGCUGGCUCGCCGACGUCGACUGCCGGUGGGACGUCAUUGCGGGCAGUGUCGACGACCGGACCGAGGAGGAGCGAGGGAUCAAGCCGCUGCAGCACGACCGGUUCAAGAUCCCCAAGUCGCGGUACGACUCGGUCGACUGCUACAUCGCCGACUCGCCGUCGAACCGGCCCGAGUACAACGACAACGACAUGCCGAUCGACCCCAAGAUUCGCGACCGCCUCGUCGACCGCGGCAUGGACCCGCUCUUGGCGACCCACUUUGCGCACCUCUUCAUCCGCGACCCGAUCGUCAUCUUCGAGGAGACCAUGUGCCAGGACGACGAGAAGAGCAGCGACCACUUUGAGAACAUCCAGUCGACCAACUGGCAGACGGUGCGCUUCAAGCCGCCGCCGCCCGGGUCGCCCAUCGGGUGGCGCGUCGAGUUCCGCUCGAUGGAGGUCCAGCUCACCGACUACGAGAACGCCGCCUUCUCGGUCUUUGUCGUCCUCCUCACGCGCGCCAUCAUGAGCCUCGGCCUCAACUUUUACCUGCCCAUCUCCAAGGUCGACGAGAACAUGCACCGCGCCCACCAACGCGACGCGAUCCACACGCAAAAGUUCUUCUUCCGCAAGAACCUGUUCGACCCCAAGCCUGGCCGGCCGUGCGACCCGCCCUUCGACGCGCCCAUGCCGUCCUCGUCCACCUCGGCCUCGGCCUCGGCGAUGGGCUCGGCGGCGAGCGUCAACGCCCAGGUGCCCGUCGACGAGCCGCACCCGGCGCUCGCGCAGAACGGCGACGGCGGCGCGCCGGGCAGCAACGGCGUCCUGCACGCGCGCGAGCGCAAGGAGAGCGGCGCGUCGUCGUCGUCGGCCUCGGGCGCGUCGUCGUCGGCCGAGGCGCCGCCGAGCCCGAGGACGUGCUGCUCGUCGCACGCGUCUCACGCGCCUUCGCGCGCCGCGUCGCCGAGUGCCGGCGGCUCGUCGUCGUCGUUCGCCGACCAGCAGCAGCCGCAGGCCGAGCCGGCGUUCGGGCCCGUCGAGGACGAGUACGCCGAGUUCACGCUCAACGAGAUCAUCAACGGCGCGCCGGCGCAAGGGUUCCCGGGCUUGAUCGGCGUCGUGCGCAUCUACCUCGACGGGCUCGAGCGCGAGGGGAGGGUCGGCGACGACGUGCGCAAGGGCAUCGAGCGCAGCCUCGAGCUCAUCCGGCGACGAGCAGACGGCUCGCUCGUCACGCUCGCGACCUACAUCCGCCGCUUCGUGCGGUCGCACCCGCUGUACAUGCACGACUCGCACGUCUCGCAAGAGAUCAACUACGACCUCGUGCGCGCGCUCGACGAGAUCGAGCGCGGCGAGCGCGCCGCGCCCGAGCUCCUCCCCGCCGGCUGGCGCGACGAGUACGCGACCGGCGGCGGGUUUGAGCGCGCGUGCGGCGACGUCCUCGGGCACCAGAAGGGCGCCAACGGUGCGGGCGCGGCGGCCGACCUCGUCAAGGAGGCGGUCGAGGUCGGCGCGAGUGUCGUCGAGGACAAGGGCCUGUGCGUCGGGCCGAUGGAGCCGGCACCGCCCGCUCAGGCAUGAGCGUCGAGCACUUAGAGCGGCAUGGUGGAGCGAGGGCGGUGGUACACUAUCAGCUCGGCGGGCGUUGGCGGACAGGAGGAGCAGCCUCUUUUCCUGUCUCUCUCUCUAUCUCUCGCCCUCUCUCGCUCCAAUGGAUCUCUCGCAUCGUCUCGUCUCGUAGACUGUACACCCGCACUCUGGAACGCGCACAAUCGCAGUCUUAUUGAUUCAC